UCGCCGACGUCACUGCAGCGUAAACACAAGUAUUUCCGUCUGGUUUCCGUAUUCUCCUCCAUCCACAGAAUCUACCUUUCUUUACCUAACGUUAGCUGAGAACAGUAACACGAUGAGUAGUGAAACAUACCCCAGGUCUUCUAUUGAAGACGACUUCAACUAUGGCACCAAUGUUGCUACAGCCAGUGUCCAGAUACGUAUGGACUUCCUCAGGAAGGUGUACACCCUGCUCAGCCUGCAGAUAAUUCUGACCACAGCCACCUCGGCCCUCUUCAUGUUCUCUCAACCCAUCAAGGAGUUUGUCCACGCCAGUCCUGCUGUGGUUUUGGUUUCGGCUCUGGGCUCUCUGGUUCUCCUGCUGGCCCUGGCCGUGUACAGACACCAGCAUCCAGUCAACCUCUACCUGCUGCUUGUAUUUACUCUGCUGGAAGCAGUUUCUGUGGCCACAGCUCUGACCUUCUAUGAAUACUCCACCGUGCUGCAAGCCUUGUUCCUGACCUGUGCUGUGUUUGCUGGACUGACAGUCUACACCUUGCAGUCCAAGAGAGACUUCAGCAAAAUGGGAGCAGGGCUGUUCGCCUGUCUGUGGAUCCUCCUCAUUGCAAGCUUCAUGAGGCUCUUCUUCAACAGUGACGGCACCGAGCUGGUCAUGGCCGGAGCCGGGGCCCUGGUCUUCUGCGGCUUCAUCAUCUACGACACCCACCUGCUGAUGAAGCAGCUCUCCCCCGAGGAGCACAUCCUGGCCUCCAUCAACCUCUACCUGGACAUUGUCAACCUCUUCCUGCACAUCCUGCGUCUCCUGGACUCCAUGAAGAAGCACUGAAAGCCGCAGGGACAGCUUCAGACUCGGCUCAGUGGGGGCCCACAGAUACGCCCGCGCUGUGAUUACCCAGGGUUCAUGUGAGUUUCUGUCCUGAAGUUGACCAAAACUGGGCUGUACCGAAUGUCUUUAUUUUCAUUUUUCUUUUUUUUUUUGUCGUCCUAUUUUAGGAUGUCAUCGCACCAACAAAGAAAAAAUCCUCAAUUAGAAUAAAAUGAUUCAACGGAUAAUUAUUAUUAUUAUUAUUAUUAUUAUUAUUAU